AUGUCGAAGUUCCGCCCCAGUAAUAUCCUCGGCGACCCGUUCGCGCUCGCAACCCUCUCUAUCUCGAUCCUGGCAUGGCUGAUCGCCUUCAUCUCGUCCAUUAUCGCGGACAUCCAGGCAGAUUACCCCAACUACUCCUGGUGGGCUAACUGCUAUAUGUUCUGCGUGAUCGUGGGCCUGGUGGUGACCUUUGGUACUGACACUUGCAAUGUUUAUGGCGUCGCGAUUGUGGGAUACCUCGCCUGUGGUCUUGUUCUGACCUCCCUCAGUGCGAACAAUCUGGUCUAUGCCAACCAGGGUUCCAUGCAGGCUGCGGGUGCCGGCUUCAUCCUCCUUUCAAUGAUCAUUAUCAUCUGGAUCUUUUACUUCGGUUCUUCCCCCCAGGCCUCUCAUCGCGGAUUCAUCGACUCCUUCGCCCUGAACAAGGAACAGCCCGGAUCCUUCCGUGGCAGCCGCCCCAUGUCGAGCGCAUUCGGCGGUCGCCCUGAAACCAUGGCUACCAGCAACACUCCACAGAUGUACACCUCCGCCCAACUGAACGGUUUCGAGACAUCUUCCCCCGUAUCCGGGUAUCCUGGCGGCGCCCCAGGCGCCGAACGCAAUUCCUCCCAGCCUCGCUUUGGUGCUCCUAGCGGUAGCCCUGCCCCGGGACCCGCCACUGAGGGACAAGACAAUAGCGAAAUCCCACAGCCCAGCGAAUACCCCUAUCGGGCGAAGGCCAUCUAUUCGUACGACGCGAACCCAGAAGACGCCAACGAGAUUAGCUUCAGCAAGCAUGAGAUCCUCGAAGUGUCCGAUGUCAGUGGCCGAUGGUGGCAGGCUCGGAAAUCGAACGGAGAGACGGGCAUCGCACCCUCCAAUUACUUGAUCCUAUUGUGA